AGCAGGCGGCCCUGUGACUUAACGCCUGUCCCCGCAGUGAUGGCGCAGGGCGGAGCUCCGGCUUGUAGUACGUGUGCUUCACAGUUAGCUAGGACCAGUAAACCACUAAAGCUGAAGUCAGAAUCAUGGUGCUGCUUGAAAACGAUUCGUUUCUCACAGAGCUCACACGGCUGUUCCAGAAGUGCAGAACAUCUGGCAGUGUUGUCAUCACGCUAAAGAAAUAUGAUGGGAGGACCAAGCCAGCACCCCGAAAGGGCCACACAGAGUCAUUUGAACCAGUAGACAACAAAUGUCUCAUCAGAGCAUCUGAGGGCAAAAAGAAAAUAAGCACAGUGGUCAGCACCAAAGAAGUAAUCAAGUUUCAAAUGGCGUACUCCAACCUCCUUAGAGCUCACAUGGAUGGACUUAAGAAGAAAGAUAAGAAAAGCAAAAGCAAGAAGACCAAAGCCACCCAAUGAGCAACAGACUCUUAAACAUAACCAUGGGUACCUAAACUGGCCUCUACGAUUUGAGGCAACCGGAAAGGCCUCCACUAGGUCGGCCACCUCAAUCGGCUUUCUUCCCAUUCACCUGAGGCCUCUGAAUCUCUGUUCAUUUACCCGGUGACUACUUUGGUAUUAUGCCAUUGUUUGCAUGGUAAUGUCUCAUAUUUGGUUGUUUGGUGCCACUUGCCAUCUAGAACAGAAAACCUGAGGAUUUCUAGCAACUCGUGCAGGACGAAGCAAGUCAGCUUAAUUCAAUCUCCCCCAGUUCUGCUUUGGAACCAGGUCAUCAACAGCUGUGUCACCUCUGGAACCAAAUACAUGGAGCCCAAUGAUUAUUACCUGCCUUUUCAUUCUAUUUAAUUGUUAGAGUCCAUAUUUAUGUUAUAUUUGCAGCUGACCCGAGAGCUGUUUUUUUUAGUUUUUAAAAAUAAUCAAAUAAGCAUUGAAUUUACUGCUAUGUUGCUUUGAAACAAACUUUCUUUAAACCAGUUUCACGGUUAGCUUGGUGACAAUUUACUUUAUUUUGUUUUUAUUAUAACUCCUGCUGUACAAUAUUUUAUAAUUAGAACCAAUUUCUACCAAGCUGAUGAAACUGGCCAUCGUUAAUUGGUAAACACCAA